UGAUCCAGUGCUGUGUGCUCCUGACCCCCCUUUGGUGCUGGCCCCCCACUGCCUUUCAGCCAGCACCAUGGUGGGGCAGAGCCCCCCCUGUGAGAGCAGCAGCGCCGUGCUCCUGGAGCCCUUCGUCCAUCAGGUCGGCGGCCACAUGAGCAUGAUGAAGUACGACGAGCACACGAUCUGCAAGCCCUUGGUCUCGCAGGAACUGAGCUUCUACGAGUCGCUGCCCUUGGCCAUGAGGCAGUUCACCCCCCAGUACAAAGGCAUCGUCUCCGUGCACCUCAAGAAGGACAGCCUGGGGAACGUGACGCUCAUCGCCAGCCCCAGCCUGGACAAUGCCACCGGUGACCCUGCCGUGACGCUAUGGCACAAAUGCAAGUGGGCUGCCAGCACCGGCACGGGCGGCGAGCGCGCCUUCGGCACCUGGAGCCACACGCAGGUCACCAAGACCUUCAAAGACAGCUGCCCAGGGAAGAGGCUGUUGAGGACAGACCUUCAGUACUGCACAGAUUCGCUUCUGGAAGAUGCAAAUGGAAACCAGCCAGAAAGAAAGAGCUACAACCCCUGGGGACUGCACUGUCACCGGCAGCACCUGAACCGCAUGUCCUCCAAGCACAACGAGAACAAACUGCAUCAGUUCCUGUUGCUUGAAAACGUGGUAUCAAAAUACAACUAUCCCUGCAUCCUGGACUUAAAGAUGGGAACGCGGCAGCAUGGCGAUGAUGCCUCAGAGGAGAAGAAAGCCCGGCACAUCAAGAAGUGUGAACAAAGCACCUCUGCAUCUCUGGGUGUUCGCAUCUGUGGGAUGCAGGUUUACCAAGCGGACACUGGCCAUUUUCUCUGCAAAGACAAGUAUUAUGGGAGGAAACUCUCACCGGAGGGAUUCAGGCAAACCCUGCGCCAGUUCCUGUGCAACGGCAACCACCUCCGCAUGGAUCUCCUGGAGCCCAUCAUCCUGCGGCUCAAAGCUCUGCUCUCCGUCAUCAGGAAGCAAAGCUCUUACAGGUUCUACUCCAGCUCACUUCUCAUCAUUUACGAUGGACAGGAGCCCAAGGAGAACACAGCACCCUUGGAUAACCACCUUCACUUCCAAAGAACAAACUGCACCGCCUCACACGGCACUCAUCACUCCAGAGUUGACGUGCGGAUGAUAGACUUUGCCCACACCACAUUUAAAGGCUCCAAGUGCAAUCACACCACUUACGAUGGGCCAGACCACGGCUAUAUUUUUGGCUUGGAGAAUCUCAUCAAGAUCCUUCAGAACAUCUCAGAAGGAAAAUGAGAAAUUGCCAUGUGAAAUAGCCUGGAUUGCCAAGUGACCCAUAGCCCUGAGAAGUUCCGCGCUGGGUCAGUUGUAUGGGACCCUCUGCUGCUGGACCUCAUGUGCACGUUUGGAAUGAGGGCACGGGCAGCUUGCUAGGAAAGUGCAAAAAGCUCUUAGGUGCCAUGAAUGAACUGAAGCGUAAAAAAGCAAAGAGCUGAAAGAAUGUUCUGCCUGCAAUCAAUCACAAGAUUUAUUUUCCCUUCUUGUUUUACUGCUGUCCUUGAUUUAUUUGUGAGCCAAAAGCAAGCAUUACUUGAAAGAGUCUUAAUGAUAAAAUAGGACCUGCUCACCUCUACACUCAAGAAGCCAAACGGGGUGAGGACAUACUGUGGGCUUGAGUGAGACUAUUAGAAUGAGCUGGGGGGUGUGAGCAGGCUGCAGCAUCACCUCCAGCUCCUGCUCAACACAC